AUGGAGAGAGAAUUAGAAACCCUGAUCGCCAUUAAAGGCCUUCCUUGGCUGGUGGGGAAGGACUUUCAGGUGAUGUACGAGGGAAGACCAGUCCUGACCAUUCUGUCAGAACUUCAUCCUAAUGGCACUUUCUCCGGGGUAGAUGAGGGUGGUAACCGUUAUCCAGGCACCAUCGCCCCCGCGGAUCUAAGGAUCGGAAGGGGAACUCGUUUGAACAACGACCCCGUGAUCGAGGCUUUGAGGGAGUACAAGCUAGAGUGGGAACAGUAUACGGUCGCCAUCCCCGGCUUUGGAGCCUUUCCUGCACCUCCGCCGCCUCAGCAAGGCUUCCGUCCUGAGGGGCAGGCAGCGCGCUUUGGGGUUCACCCCCAGGCACCAGGGUUUCCCCAGGCAGGACAAGGGCAGCCUGAAGUGAGACCGCCUCAGGUGCAGAUACCACAGCAGAAUUAUGCUUUCGGGAUGAAUCUUGAACAAACUCCGGCUGCAAUGGCUGCGCAGACGCCGGCUAUGAGGAUCCUGCAAGGGGGGCUGAACAAUCCGUUUCACCCCGCAUCCACCGCGAGACUUGAGAAGACCAUUCGUCAGUUGGUGUCCAAAGGCACCUUGGAGACUCACUUGACGUCAGUGCUGCGAGAAAUUAAUCCGAAGCUGCCCGCGUGGUCCACCAAGGCAGCCUAUCUUUUCGACAUCUACCAGGAACCUGACUCUCAGGUGGCACACUUGCUGUCAGCCGUCUACCUCUACGCUACGCGGCUUAAUUACGUCUCUCCCGACUUGGAGUGGCUCGCCAACGCCUUCGUGGCAGAGAGGAAGAUGAAGAUCGAGCAGGCGGGAGACAGCACCACGUGGACGGCGGAGACGAGGGCAACGUUGGAGGCGGAGAUUCGCCACGCUUUCUUUGAAAGCAAGGCGAAGGCGGACACGCUGCUUGGCAAGGGCGUGGUCCGCCCCCUCUUCGACCCAGACAAACCGCCAAGAAGGAACAACGGCAACAACAACCAAGGCAACUGGAACCAGGGCAACUGGAACGCCCCGCCGGGGGGACGGCAGAACUUCGGAGGCGGCCAAGGCGGCGGCCGCGCUAGGUUUGGCCGCGGCUUCGAGGGAGAUAGGGAGAAUCAAGGGGAUCAAGGAGCAGGGCAGAAUAGAGGCAACAGCGGUUCAUCGCCUAUGGCGCCUGCGGAGAUCGCGCUGUCCGAAGCGGAGCCCUGUGGGCUCGACGCUGAGCAAGAUUCAUCGGAACAGCGAGAAGCUGCGCACGACCCCUCAGUGGUCGAACCGCACUCCGACAGCACUGGGGACGUGGAACUCAGCUUCGAGUCCGCGGCUGAUGAAAUAGACCUAGAUGCUGAUCCGUUAACAAGCGCCGGUAGCCCUUCAGAUGCGUCAAAGUGGGAUUUCGAGUUCUUCUCCUCUCGUUUCACGCCACGUGUCGCGGCGGCAGUGGACGCGGAGCAGCUCGCCCGCGACCUGAAGUCCCUCCUGACGGAAAUCGAGGCGGGGCCGGAAUUUAGCGUGAUGACAGAAGAGGAGCUGUCAGCUUGGCUCAAGUCGGUCGAAGAGAAGGUGCCACCAGUCGAGAGUUUCGUGGCCGGCAGUUUCGGUCGGCACCUCCGCGCUUGGGAAGAGUUACUGAAGGAUUCCACGCGGCCGGCUUCCAAGACAGUGCUGUCCUGGUUACGGAACGGCAUCAAGCCGUCUUUCGUUGGCACAGCCCAGUGCGACCCCAAGAAGCUGGAGAGGGUGCGGCUCAUGCUUAGGAGAACGAUAGGAGAGGCAAAAGUCGGGGAGUGGCUCUCAGGGGAGGUGCCGCACCCUGUGGAAUUUCCCAAUCACCGCUCUUUUUACGAGAACGCGGAGUUCGGCAUCAAGACGGUCGGCGAGAUGUUGGUUAACGGAUCGGUUGCGCUUUUCGCGCCGGGUGAGCGCAAGCCUAAGGUAGUUAACCCCCUAGGAGUAGUUAACCUCCCCAAAGGGCGCCUAGUGUUAGAUGCCGGCUACGUGAACGCGUUCUCGAAACCGCACCCGUUCAAAUACGAAACGUUGCGCGACAUCCUCACUUUUCUGGGGGCCAACGGCUUCUUCUCGACUUGGGACUUCAAGGCGGGCUACUACCACGCCCUCAUUCAUCCCCGCUUUCGGACUUACUUCGGCUUCAGAAUUGGCAAGGCCUACUUCCAGUACAACGCCAUGUGCUUCGGCUGGUCCGAAGCCUGCUACGCCUACACGCUGCUUACUCAAGAAGCAGCCAAGGAGCUCCGGGUCAGGGGUAUCCCCGUUUCGAGUUACCUGGAUGACGGUUUAACCGCCAAUCAGAGCUUUGCUCUGUGCCUCUGGCUCGUUGUGGUGAUCAUCCGCUUUCUCACCCUUCUCGGGGCGGUGUUCAGCCUGCCUAAGUGCCAAUUCUGGCCCUCCAAGACCGGCGACUGGCUAGGAUUCGUGGUCGACACUCAAGCGGAGCAGUUCAGAGUUUCGGAGGCGAAGUUAACCAAGGUCAAGGCGGUCUUAACCGAACUCCUUAACGCGGCUGACGUCAGCCCCCGUCUCCUCGCCAAGGUUGCGGGAAAGAUCAUCGCAAUGGGCCCCGCGGUGCUGCCGGCCUCCUUGUUCAGUCGGCCUUUGUUUCAGGCGAUGCAAGGUCGCAUCUCCUGGGAUGAAGUUUUUCCCACGCCGUUGGCGGCCAAAACCGCCGCUAAACUCUUCUUGGAGCGUCUCGACGACUGGAACGGAAGGCGGUGGUUUCCCCGCCGAGUCCUAAUCGAAGCUGCUUCCGACGCAUCCGACUUCGGGUUCGGGGGAUCCCUCUACAUCGCCGGCAGCCCCCCCUUCCACGUGGCAGGUUCUUUGACGGAGGCAGAGGUUAAGCAGUCGAGUACGGCGCGCGAAAUGGUGGGUUUUCUUCGCGUUCUUCAACAGGCUGUCCUUCACCACCGCCCUCUCCUCUCCGGGGCCGCUGUUUUGCUGAUUGGCGACAACCAAGGCGCGGUGGCGGCCGUCAAUAGUAUGAGAAGCUCGGCGCCCGACGUAAACGGGGUUCUCCAGGAGAUAUUCACGCUCUGUUCAGAAGGAGAUUUCGACGUCCUAGCUCAGUGGAAACCGCGCGCAGAACUGGCAGUAGAGGACGCGCUUAGUCGGGUGCCAGACGCUUCCGACUGGGGCCUUGCCCCGGCUGUCCUGAAAGCCGCCGUCUCGCUGUUCGGACAGCCAGACGUGGACCUCUUCGCUUCGGACACGUGGCAUGUAGCAGAGCGGUUUGUGACCCCUCGCUACAUGCCGGGCUGCUGUGCAGUCGAUGCCCUUCGAACGGACUGGCGGACUCUUGUAGAGCAAGGCGAGACGGCGUGGAUAUUCCCGCCGGUGAGGGCAUUGCCAAGCGUCAUUCAGUCCAUCCGCAACUUUAGAACGGAUGCGAUCCUGGUAGUCCCGGAAGCGACCACCACUAAUUGGUGGCUAGAGUUAAUGCACUUAGGCAGUGACGCGAGCAUGGCAGGCCCGCUCGAGAUUGAGCGAUCCACGGAUGCGUGCAUUCCGAGCAGGCGAGUGCCUGCCGGAACCGUAAACCCCGCUUUGUACAAGCUCAGAGUAUUCAAAAUAAACUGGAAGUAG